AUGGCUCCAACUCAAUACGUCGAGCGACCUAUCCCCCAAAUCUCACUCGCCCACUUCGAGAACCGUAUCGACAAAAUCACGGCCGAUUUGAUUGACGCGGCUGAGAAUGUGGGAUUCUUCAUAUUGAUCGAUCAUGGGAUUUCCAAGGAAGUCAUCGAAGCUAUUUUCUCGACAUCAAAGAAUUUCUUCGACCUACCUGACAACGCCAAAGCGACCGUACCGUGGAAUGCCAACAAUGUCGGCUGGGAGAAGAACUCACAAAUCCGACCAUCCACCGGCAAACCAGACAACAAAGAGUCCUAUCAACUUCAAUUCGGAGACAACAUGAAGGGGUUAUGGGUUGCUGAUGAGCAUCUCCCUGGAUUCCAAACCACUGCCUUGGCAUUUAUGCAUCGCGUGCAACAGAUCUCCGAAUGCCUAAUGCGGUGUUUCGCUCGGGGUCUUGGAUUCCCUGACGACUUCUUCAUCCAAUGUCACGAUGUGUCGCGGUCGGACUCUCAAACCACCAUGCGGUUACUUCAUUACUUUGCGUUGCCGGAGGAAGCCGAUGGGAAAGAGUAUCAUCGCGCAGGGGCACAUGCUGAUUGGGACUUUCUGACUCUACUGUUUCAGAAAGAAGGGCAGAGUGGGCUGGAGAUUUGUCCCGGUCGGGAAUCCGUUACCGAGUUCGGCAUUGGCGACAAGUGGACCAAGGUGGAGGCGAAGACUGGGGAAAUUGUUUGUAACAUCGGGGACUUGCUCAUGUCGUGGUCGGAUGAUCGGUUCAAGUCGACCUUCCACCGGGUGAAGGCGCCGUGUGAGCCUGGAGAUUAUUUUGGGGACCGGUACAGCAUUGCAUACUUCAACCAACCCUGCAAGGAUGCUUUGAUCCAAGGGCCGUUGAAAAAGUACCCAAUGGUGACUGGGGCUCAGUUUACCGACAGUGCGAUGAAGCGGAAUUUUGCUGCCUUGCAGGAAAAGUUGAAAAUGGUUGCGGCGGCAUAG